AUGAAGAGAGCAUUCGUGACUGUUGGGACCACCAGUUUCGAUGACCUCGUCGCUAGUGUGGCCGCUCCGGACUGCGUCGAGAUCCUCAAGAGUCUCGGUUACAACCAACUUGUCCUCCAAAUUGGGAGAGGCACAGUGGUUCCUGAACCAUUCAGUACUGAGUCAUUCACUCUGGAUGUUUACAGGUAUAAGGAUUCUUUGAAAGAAGACCUUCAGCAAGCAGAUCUUGUCAUCAGCCACGCAGGUGCAGGAAGUUGCUUGGAGAGUCUGGAAAAAGGCAAGCCACUUGUGGUAGUUGUAAAUGAAAAGUUAAUGAACAAUCAUCAAUUCGAAUUGGCAAAGCAGUUGCACAAAGAAGGACAUCUCUUCUAUUGUACCUGCAGGGUCCUGUCUUGUCCUGCGCCAGUCAGCCUCUUGCUUCUGCUUCUGGAAAUUGCCAAGAUUCUUCAGCUGCCGCACCUGCCUUCUGCCUAGACCUUGAGCUGUUUCGGAUACCUGCCUACACAACUUGCCGCCAUUGCCUAGUCCUCCCUGCAUUCUGUGUUUUCUUCUUUUUCACCCCUCUGUUCCUUUCUCCUCAUCCCAUGCACAAUGAAUAAAGGAUGGAAAAACUGCGGCCAGAAGUCUUUGAGUGAGGCAUCAAUGGAUGAAUAUUUAGGCAGUUUAGGGCUGUUUCGGAAGGUGAUUGCCAAGGAUGCCUCUUGCCUUUUCCGGGCUAUUUCCGAGCAGCUGUUUUACAGCCAGAUCCAUCAUUUACAAAUCAGGAGAGCUUGUGUCUCAUAUAUGAAGGAAAAUCAAGAAACUUUUGAGUCUUAUGUAGAGGGAUCUUUUGAGAAAUAUCUUGAACGGUUGGGAGAUCCCAUGGAGAGUGCUGGCCAGCUGGAAUUAAGAGCUCUUUCUCUAAUUUAUAAUCGAGAUUUCAUUCUUUACCGGUAUCCUGGAAAGCCACCAAUACAUGUCACAGAUAAUGGCUUUGAAAAAAAGAUUCUUCUCUGUUAUUCAAAUAAUGGCCACUAUGAUUCUUUGUACUCAAAAGAAUUUCAAUCAACUGCAGGAAUUUGCCAAGCUAUAUUAUAUGAAAUGCUUUAUAAAGAUGUAUUUGCUGUGGAUGAAGAACUAUUGAAAACUGCAGUUGAUUUGUUUCGAAUUGGUUCCAGGAGAAACAAAAAUCAUGCUUUGACUGGAAAUAUAGAAGCCAGUACUGAUCAGAAAAGCUCAACUGAGGAUAGAAUCAAAGAGAUUGGUGCCAGCUCCAGUAUCGAAAAUACACCAGAAGACAGUAAGCAAGGAACAGAAGAACAGAAGUCUCCAGAAACUCCAUCGAAGAUUCCCUUUCCUUAUAAAGUGCUGAAAGGUCUAGCUCCAGAAAUCUAUCGCAAUAUAGAAUUUGAUGCUUGGUUGGACAGUAGAAAAGAACUUCAAAAACCUGAUUGCAUAGAAUAUGCUGGAAGACUUUACCAUUUAGGGGACAAGUGUCAGGUUUGCUUGGAACCAGAUGGAAAAUAUUAUAAUGCUCAUAUUCAAGAAAUUGAAAGUGACAAAAACUCACUAAUAGUUUUCAUUGAGGAACUGGCAGAAAAGCAUGCAGUUCCGAUGACUAAUGUAAAACCAGUCAACCAAGUGGCACUUCUUCCUUCCUGGAUUACUAUUCCAACCCGUAAAGGAAGAGGUUACCAGGCUAUAACUGGAGGCUAUUUCCCACAAAUAGUUUUGACAGAUAUGAACAUGAAGCAACGGAAGAAGAUGUCCAAGAAAGUUCGAGGAAAAGAAGUUUAUAUGACCAUGGCUUAUAGCAGGGGAGACCCGCUUAUCCCACCCAGAAUUCAGCAUAGUAUGCAUUUUGGGCAUGACCCACUAUUGUACUAUUCACAGACAGCUGGCCAAAUUUUGUCUAGUGAACAUUUCUACCCUCAACAUUCAUCUCAAAGACAAGGUCGGGGAUAUGGGAUGCCCAGGGAUUCGUCUCACUUAGUAAACAGGCAAAACAUGCCAAAUCCUAAAGUUGGAUUUUACCCUGGCCAAGGUAGAAGGUGCUGCCAGAACUAUGAUAAUGUCUCCUAUAGGUCUCGUUCUUUUAGGCGUAGCCACCGUCAGAUGGAAUGCAUGAAUAAGGAAUGUCAGUAUGGUUUUGUUCCUAAGAAUGGCGUGGAAGAAAAUGUUACAUUUUAUGCACCUGAAGGGAAUGAGAAUGCAACUUUACCUAGCAGUGGUGAUUCCACUUCAAUGGUUCCUGUUACUUCAGGAUACCGUGUUGCAAGUCAGGGAUAUAACUCAUGCAAACCAACUUUGAAUUCAGAAAACAGCACUGACCAGUGUGGCAACGGAGGAUAUCAUGGAGAUUAUCUUUAUUCUUCAGAACAAGGCUAUGAAACUUCCAGUGUAUAUACCACAACUGUAUCUACAGCAAACCUGGAUACCAUACAGCCUGUCUUUGUACCUCCUUCUGCACAAGAUAGUCAAGCCUAUCUUCAGCCCUCAGCAGCAAAAGCAAUGGCAAUACCACUACCACCACCUCCUCCUCCACUUCCUUCUCUAACUUCUUUUGAAGCAGGAGAUGCUUCAGGCUUACCUCCACCACCACCACCACCACCGCCACCACCGCCACCUUUUUCCUGUGAUCCAAGUGGAAGUGAUCUGCCACAAGAUACAAAAGUUUUGCAGUACUAUUUUAAUCUUGGAUUGCAGUGCUAUCAUCAUAAUUACUGGCACUCCAUGGUGUAUGUGCCACAUGUGCAGCAGCAGCAGCAACAGCAGCAGCAGCAGCAGCAGCAGCAGCAGCAGCAGCAGCAGCAGCUUCAUGUAGAGAGUUAUCCGGAGUAUACUGAGCAACCUCUUGUAGACCAAAGUGUUUCUCAUUUGUACAGUGAUGUAGAGAGGGCAGAUGACACACAGGCGGGGGUAUCAACAAAUGAUACUUUUCCCGUUGCUGAUGCCGUACCUGUCCCUCAUGGAGCAGUCUAUUAUCCAGUAAUGGCAGAUCCCUAUGGGUCAACUUUGCCAGGUUUUGAUCCUUGCAUUCCUGUGGCAUCAGAUUAUCCCAGUGUUGCCAUGUGGCAUCCAGUUGGUCCAGCAUAUGGUGGUUCUGCCCAAAUGCAUGGUGCUAUAAAUUCUGGACCAGUUAACUAUAUGCUUCUACCUAACACACCUCAUUAUACACCUCAGAAUUAAAAUUUGGCAAUAUAAAAUAUUCUUUGCUGCCAUUUUUACUUUUAUGGUUGAUAAAUGUCUUAUUAGUUCUUAAGUGGUGUAGGUGGUAAAAACGUUGACUAUUGUAUCUCUUUAAAAUUAUUUUACUUUUGAA